AUGAUCGAAUAUAUAAUAACAACAACAACAACAGCACCAACACCGAUACAAUCAACAACAUCAUUCUAUCAACAUGGAUUAUCAAUAGCAAUAGGUAUAUUAGGUGUAACAACUAUCACCUCAAUAGUUCUAUACCUGAAGCUACGAGACAAAGUGAGCAAGACAUCAACAACCAAAAUAAUUACGAUGCCACCAAUAUGAACAACUUUUAAAUUAGUUUCAACAACAGCAACUCCUGACAAGAAAACGUCGAUCAUCGAGACUUGUAAAUAUAUAACCGAGCUAGGCUCGAAGAUAGUCAUGUAUAUAAAGUGUGAAUAAAUUGCAUGUAAAAAAAAAAAAAAAAAAAAAAAAA